CCUUGUAGCCUCGAUGGCACCAUCGUAGAAGAACCAGGAGAGGUAGAGGAGAUGGGGAGCUGGGCGAUCGCCGUCCAUGGAGGUGCUGGCGUCGACCCCUGCCUGCCCGCGGUACGGCAGGAGGAGGCUCGAAGGGUGCUGUCGCGGUGCCUCAAGUUGGGCGCCGGCGCCCUGCAGGCCGGCCUUACCGCCGUGGACGUGGUGGAGAUGGUGGUCCGGGAGCUGGAGACCGACCCAGUGUUCAACUCCGGCCGUGGGUCCGCGCUGACCCGGCGGGGCACGGUGGAGAUGGAGGCCAGCAUCAUGGACGGCCGCGGCCGCCGCUGCGGCGCCGUCUCCGGCCUCUCCACCGUCAAGAACCCCGUCUCCCUCGCCCGCCUCGUCAUGGACCGCUCCCCCCACUCCUACCUCGCCUUCGACGGCGCCGAGGACUUCGCCCGCGAACAGGGUGUUGAAAUGGUGGAUAACAGCUACUUUAUCACCGAGGAGAAUGUGAGCAUGUUGAAGCUGGCGAAGGAGGCCAACAGUAUCAUGUUCGAUUACAGAGUGCCGAUCCCCGGCGUGGAUAGUUGCAGCGCCAUCGCGGGACUGAUGGGGGCGAAGGCGGAGGGUGGUCUGCAGAUGAACGGCCUGCCGAUCAACGUGUACGCGCCGGAGACGGUGGGCUGCGUGGUGGUGGACAACAACGGGUGGUGCGCCGCCGCGACGUCCACCGGCGGGCUGAUGAACAAGAUGAGCGGCCGCAUCGGGGACUCGCCCCUGAUCGGCUCCGGCACCUACGCCUGCGACGUCUGCGCCGUGUCGUGCACCGGCGAGGGCGAGGCCAUCAUCCGCAGCACUCUGGCGAGGGACGUGGCGGCGCUGAUGGAGUACAAGGGGCUGAGCCUACAGGAGGCGGUGGACUACGCCAUCAAGGAGAGGCUGGACGAGGGCAAUGCCGGGCUCAUCGCCGUGUCGAGAAAUGGCGAGGUGGCGUAUGGAUUCAACACGGUGGGCAUGUUUAGAGGAUCUGCAACACAGGAUGGGUUCAUGGAGGUGGGCAUAUGGUAGCCGCCCGCCUCUCUGUUUCUAUCUCUUCCCCGAUGUCCCUGAGAAAUGCUAAUUGAUCUGCGUCUGUGCUGCUUGGGGGCACGAUGAUAACUAGACAAUAAAGGUUCUUCUCCAUGGUUGCGUA